CCGGGAGAGGAACGGGCGUCGGCCAGGCUGCCCCUGCUGUGCUCAGGGACGCUACCCGGGGCCCCAGGGGGAGAGACGCAGAGGAGGGUGUCUCCAGACGCAGCCAAUCGCAAGCCCCGGCGCUCGCUCGCUCGCUCCCACCCCCUGCUCGGCAGCCCGCGGCGGCAGCGCAGCGUGUGACUCUGGAGCCCGCGGGAGCCGGUUCGUGGCGCUGGUCUCGGCCAUGCCGUUCCUGGAGCUGGAGACCAGCCUCCCGGCCGCUCAGCUGCCCCCGGGCUUAGCCGGCAAGCUGUGCUCGGCCGCGGCUGCGAUCCUGAGCAAGCCGGAGGAGAGGAUAAACGUCACUGUGAAGAGCGACUUGCCCAUGGUGGUUGGUGGCUCCGCAGCGCCCUGCGCUCAGCUGCUCGUCUCAUCCAUCGCAGUGGUGGGAACCGCGGAGCAGAACAGAGGGCACAGUGCCAAGUUCUUUGAGUUCCUUACCAAGGAGCUGGGGCUCGGUGCAGACAGGAUUCUUAUCCGCUUUUAUCCCCUGGAACCUUGGCAGAUUGGCAAGAAAGGAACUGUCAUGACUUUCUUAUGAUCUCUUCAAGAAACCCAUUAAAAAGAAACCCUUGUGGAGGGCACAACCCAAGGAUGGCCAGCUCUACCUGUUUGUUUCUAUGCAAGAUCUGAUAUGUAUCCUUCUGCACCUCCACUCAUGUAGUUCCUUUCUGUUUCUGCUUCCUCUGUGCACACAGCUCCAAAGCGGGGCUUACCAGCCAAACUCUUUGUCAGUAACAGUUGGAAGUCUUUGUUUCACACCUGUCUUGUGGCCCAGAGACAAUGCAGUUACCUGUGAUCUCAAACAAAACUUGAAUCGUGAGGUCUGUGUAGCUGGGAGUUUGUUUUGUCAGAAGCAGCGUCAUGAUGGCCUUCCUUAUAUGGAUCCAGUUAAUCCAAGUUCUGUAGUCUUUUCCUUUAGCAAUGAACAGUUCUUUAUUUCUGUUCCGUGACUGGCAUCAUUGAUACCUGACUGGAGAGGUUCUCCAGUUUUGUUCAGCCUGAGGGCUGCUUUGCAAGAGAAAGACAGAUCCUGUCAUGUGCUAACCUUUUCUCUUCCUUGUGAAAUUCGGUCUGUUCUAGGAGUCCAUGGGCCAUAGCUUGAGAGUUUAUGGGCUUAACUUUGCCAUCAGAUAGAAUGCUGAUUGGGACCAUGUCCCUGUAGACUCUUCUACACCAGAAGUCACUAAAUGUUGCUCAUUAGUCUGGCAAUAGGCACUAAACUAAUUCACAGUAGUUAGCCUAACUCGCUGCCACUGGAGGGCAGAGAUUCAAGGGGACCUGAGAUCUUUCACUUCCAACUUCUGUGAACAUUUCUUCCAUUCUAAACCUCCCCCGCCCCCCACCCCAUUUCUGGGAAGAGAGAAUAUUGGUCUGAGGGAAGAAUCUUUUAACUUGUAUGGGAUGGCUGGGCUAGGGCUCCUCUCUAAUCUCCUGCUCUGAGCUCUACUUCACUAGCAUCAUUGGCUUGCAAAGGUGGAUGUUCCCAUGUUCAUUCAGUAGACUCCUGUAGUUUAAUAUCAAUGUGCAUAUUGUGCAUUGGGGUAUGUGUGGAAGAGGGCUACUUAUUGAAGAAUCAUUUCAUACCCUAGGACGUGGAGCCCAGGAAAUUGUUUUGCUGGUUCUGGUAAUUAGUUUCAAUUCCUGUAACUUGUCUCCUUGUCCACAGUACUUUCCCACAACCCUCUCACCACAGUGAACAAUAUCAGAACACUUUUUAUUUUACGAAUGCUUUCAGUGUUCUGUGGGUGGUGGAGAGGAGCUGAUGAACUUGCACAUAACUGACUGACUUCUUGCAGUGCCUGUUUUUUUUGUUUUUUGUUUUCCUCCUUGUUGGCCAGGGCCUUGCUACAUCUGCUGUAAUGUCCAUUCUUUUAGUAGGGGAGUUUUUCUCUUGGGGCCCUUCUGGUUGGUCACUUUAUAACUGGAUUAUACAUAAUAUUUUAUUUUUUAAAAACCCGUCGACUCCCCUAGUUAUCAUCAUCUAUGGGAUUUCCUUACUUUUGCAUUUCACUCAGCAGAGAUAAUGAAGAUAGAGUUGUCAGUUUCAUUUAUAGUCACUUUCUAAGGUCCAAAUCCUGCCAACAUUUAGGUACAUGAAUAGUUGCACUGAAUUCAUUGGGAUUAUUCAUGUGAAUAAAUGUUUUGAGGGUCAGGAUUAAAUUGUUCAUUUUCUGUUUCUGAUGUACUACUACAGUGUUUAAUUGUCAUGGAUUUACAGCAUUGCAAGGGAAUAAUUACAUUUUAAAAUGAACUAAUUUCCUCUUUCAUUGCUCUCAGAAUACUUUUUAUUCCAGUUAGCGUUUGUAUUUUUUUUUAAACACACAAUCAAAAAUUUGGUGUCAAGUUGGAAGUAUCUUUCAUUCUUUCAUUUAUUCAAAAAUAACUGAAACCAAUGAGGUUAUUCAAAAAUAAUUAAAACCAAAUGAUUAAUAUCUGAAGCUAGUUACUACACAUGCAGCAUAACUUUCUUCCAUUGUUGCAAAAUCACUGUCCGCUAAAUAAAAUAUGCACUAAGUGCAGAUUUAUAUGUUA